AUGUCUCAACCAACCGGAACCGGCUUAACACCAACUCAUGACCUCGAACGACUCAUCGAUCUAUUCAGACUUCCCAAGUUCUAUUACGAAGGCUUCAUCUUCAGACGCACCAUCCUACUCUCCGACGGGGCUCCACCCAAACGAACCGAUCAGAAUGCGCUCUGGGCUAAGUACUACGUUCAGAUUGCCGGAACGACCAUGUCCUGCUGGGAUGCCGCCGAGAUCGAGAUGGCUGCCCAAGAGGGUCGACAGGUAGCACCGACCUACACCAACAUCACUGACGCCCGGGUCGACCUUCCCGACCCGCACUCCUCCGCCCAUUCAACCGAACUUCUCAACCCACCCAGUCCUCAUCUCUUCUUCCUCAAUAACGCUGGUCGUAAUAAGUUUGGCUUUGCCUGUCUCGAUCAACAUUCCCUACUCGCCUGGGUUUCCGCCAUCAGACUCUCCUCCUGGGAACGAUCGAGACUCUUCGAGAUCUACACCGGCACUCUCCUCGGCCUUCGCUUCUUCAACCAUCUCGAUUCGCCAACCCCUAACGAGAAAGCUGAAGGCUAUCUCACCAUCCGUUUCCCUAAGGAUACCGAAUGGACCAAGGUCUGGGCGGUCCUCGUUCGUGAUAAAGCCUUGCUCAACGGUACUGCCCCUCAGAACUACUACCUUAAGGAUAACAAAUGGAAUCGUCGGGGCAGUCUCUUCAAUCUAGCCGGAUUAGUUAACAAGACUCAACAUAGUCCUUCCUCAUCUACAACGCUCAUCGAUCCUGAUGCAACUCGUACCGAGCCUGGAUUAGUCUUCUAUCCCAAGAAAGGAGCCAAGAAACAUAUCGGCAUACUCACCAAUAUCAGCUUCGCAGCAGCCGUCUAUCCUGAAUCGAGGGCGCUGAUCGAGUCAUCGACCAUGUUCAAGCUUGAAGGUCGAUUCGAAGGUAUCAUGGCUAGUCACGACGGCCGGCCUUCAGAAUCCCAAACUGCUUCUGUCGAUCAAGAAGGAUUCAUCCUGGCUACUCCUGACGAGGGAACUGAAUGCGAUAUGUUGGGUUGGCUAUUAGGCGUCAUGUCAGCUUUCAGGUUGUACGGUAAACCGGCAAAGUUUAACUACGAUCCAACCGACCCCAACAGUUUUUAUUUUGCUUACCCAAUCGGGCCUGAACGAGAGCGACUGUUUUUAGAUUGCCAAACCGUAGCCGAAAGUCUCGAUGUGCAGGAACACAGUCUCGCCCAACUCCGACAGAAAUUUACUUCGCUUGUCGCUGCUCGUCUCCACCUACCGCGCAAAUCCGUGGCCGAUUUACCCGAGUCUGUGCACGAGCCAUACGAACCGAUCGUGACCACACCCCAAUCGAUCGACGAGCCUCUGAGCUAUCUCUCUGCUCAGUCUCCCUCUUCCCAACCCGCCCUCAAAUCCCUCGAUCACUCUUCUACUCCUAGAAGCCCUCCUUCAGUCACACUCCAGCCUAGCCCCGCCUCCGAGAGUCCGGCUUCCGAUCCGAAUUCAUCCUACUCUGAUCCACCAUUAACCUCGGAAAUCCCUGAAAACGCUUUACGCCCCCCAACCUCCGAGCCCCCAUCCUCCGAUCAUCAUUCCCGUUCCCCAGUCACUCCACAGAGUCAAUCCGAACUACUCGAGGUGGGAAAACCCGCCCGACCACUUUCGACGCUCGAUGAUGACCUGGUGUCCUUUGCAGCCUAUGUCACUUAUGAAGAUCCUGUCGACACGCCCGAAGUGCCUACAUCGCUCCUCAUCUCAAGCCCUAGCCCUGCCUCUUCUCCAAGCAAAUCUCCAUCAGCAACACUGGCUCCAAUCACCGAGAAAACACAUCAAUCCUCCUCGGAUAACCCUCCCGAUCCUGUCUCCCCUUCUCGCCAAGCCGCUUCCCAGUCAGCCGCAAACGAUCCCAUCCCCGAAGGUUACGAGGAUAUGAUCUAUGCGCUGAGUUUGGUGGAUCAAGAAUCACCCAUGGUCCCACCACCACAAGAAGACUCAAUCGGUCCAUCCAAAUCGGCACAAGCUCCCAGCACCCGCUCUGAUUCACCUCAGCUCGAGUUCCUCUCCAGGCCGCCUCCUGCUUCCGUUUCGCCUCAGCCCAACUCGGCACCCAUCAGCCCAGAUGCACAAGCUGUCAAGCCCAGCUUCCCUUCCUCGUUCGCUGCGGGAAAAAAGGGUGCUGCCCGACUCGCUGCCGCUCAAGCUGCCCAAGCCGCAGGCAAAGCCUCCGGCUUCCGGCCCGGUAAGCCCGGGCGUACCGCCUCCGCUGGCCAGAAGAAACCUCCCUCAUCUUGGAAUAGUAGUGAUAGUGAGGACGACGAUGAUGACGAGAACCCCAACGAUGAUGAUGAUGAAGAGGAUGAGGAUGAAGAGGGAGAAGAAGAUGACAGACUCAAGAAGCAUAGGUUAACGACUGCCAUGCCGUCAUCAAUUUCUCAAGUCAAUUCCGAGAGAGGAUUCCAAGCCAAUCAAGAGCGAAAAACCAUGCUUCUUCCACAAGCGACCACACGAGAAGGGACGUAUUCGAUGUACAGUACCGGUGGGCCUACUUCAGAUAGUCGACCGAUAUCACAGGCAGUGAGUUCUGCUGGAGGCUCAGGAGGAGGAGCAGGAGGAGAGAUGGGACAAUUUCCGAACCCGGCGAAUCGCCGGGAGGUGCCAGCGGUCUUACGGGACCAACCGGCUGAGACGGGAGCCGAGAACAACGGCCUACGACCGGCGUUCAGCCAACAUGGAUUACUCCAUCGAGUGAUGCAAGAGCGACAGGAGAAGUCGGCCAAGUCGAUCCAGGAGGCGGCCCAUUGGAGCGGCGAACCGUUGGUGCAAGUCAACCACAAGCCGCCGCCGAUCCAGAGCGGCCUUCUGGGGGCGAUAGCCUCCCACGAACGCGACCGUAAACGCGACGGUGGAAUGGGGGCUAUGUUGACCGAACGGGCGCGUGAACGCGCACUCCGGCAACGCGAAACCGACGAGCUUCAACGUCAAUCUAUGUUCAUGAUGGCCGGCGCUGGUCCCAUGGGCUUUCCUAAUCAGCCCGGAUUCAAUCAGCUCCCCAUGCUCCAAAUGAUGUAUAAUCAUCAGCCGCAUUUGUUCCCCACUGCGGCUGGAAUGCCCACGCCUUAUGAACAGAUGAUGUUCCAGCAACAUCAGUUUCAGCUCCAACAACAAGCUAUCCUCAAUGCCCAACAAUAUAUGGUGGGUGCUCCGUAUCCCUAUUCGGCAGCCCCUUUACUUCAACAACAACAACAACAACAACAAUCGCUUGCGAAUGGAGCCAACCCAUCGGGCACCUUAUCGACCCACCAAUCGGUCUACGGCUUCCCGCUCAACAUCCAACAACAACAACAACAACAACAGGCUCAAUUCGGCUUCCUCCCUCUUCCCAGUCAACAACAACAACAGCCAUUGACUCUUAAUCCUCAUCUUAAUCCCCAACAUCAAGCGUCGCUCAAUAAUCAUCAUCCUGGGCCGGUCGUCGGUAGACCCGCGUCGGCCGCUGCUCCUGCCCCGCUCCUUCCCGGAUCCUCGUCCGCAACUACUUUGGCUUCGGCUGCCGCGGCUGCCGGCAAUCCUUCGAGUAACGGUCCUAAUCAUCUCUAUUCUUAUCACCAAUCUUAA